AUGCUGUACGUGACCCUACGCCGAGGACUCGCGGGUAAAUCGAAGGAAUACCUCAAGACGCUGGAGACGCUCGGUCUCAAGAGAAGGUUCCAGGUCGUCGAGAUCCCGAACAACCCGGCGUCGCGCGGGCAGAUUUCAAAGGUCAAGCACCUCGUCUCCGUGGAGACCGCGCCGCAGCGCGCCGCUCGAAUCGCCGCGCAGGAAGCGAAGCACGCGUACCGCGAGCCGAUCGUUUUCAAGCACUCCGAGCUGUGA